AUGGCAAAUUAAGAAAGCCACCCAAAAGGCAAAGUUGAUAUAUUACAUGAGGAAUCUAGUUUGGAAAGUUUUUUUCUAAAAAUUAAAAAUAUUUCCUUUUAAGUCCUCUCAGUCCUCCUUAAAAAUGAAGAAGAAGAAGUAUUGAUGGUCUUCAUAAUGACAGGAGUCGAUUAUAUGCAAAUGCACUCUUUUCCUUUUCAUGCAAAACUUCAACACGUUUGGAAAGCAACCACAUUUCUAUAAAUUAUUUUUUAAUUAUUCAAUGUCUUUCACAUCAAAAAUUAUAUGCCACACAUCAACUUCGUCACUUAUAUAAUAGGGAUUUAUUUUCUAGAUUUUAUUAUUCUACUCAUCAUUCUAGAUAUUCUAUAUGUCUCUUAUUCUUUCUCUCAAAAAAAGUUUAGCAUUACUUGGCCUCUCAAAAUUCUUAAUUAAGUUACUUCUUACUUUGUCACUGUUUUUUUUCUACCAAUCACUGAAAACCUAUUCUCCGUCUUAGAGUGUGAGAAAAACGCUGAAGGUGUUCAAAGCUUAGCUACAUUUGAAACUAUUGAGUGCUGGAAGGGAUGGAUGCUAGUCCAUUAAAUUGUUACCUCAUUAUUUAAUCUCAUUUUCGUCAUUAUAAGUAGCAUAGUAGCGUUAACUUUCUUUGAGCCUCGAAUGACAUCAAAGAACAAAACAGCAAGACAAGAUUCAUUAGCAGAAGUUAUUUUUAUUAUUACCAAAGUUGCAUGCUAAAUUCUAUUUAAUUUUGUUCCUGAAGGAAAUGAUUGGUUUUUAGUUCUUCUUUCUUUCACCUUUAGUGCCUGUUUGUACUGGUCUUAUAAUUUCGAGGAACCAUAUUAUGACAAAUUUGUUGGAAAAUUUUUUAAUAUAGCUACUACUUAUUAUCUAUGGACAAACGUUAUGCUGCUAGUUAGCUUAGUAUUUUAUGAGACUGAAUUUAAUGGAGGUUUGAUUAUUUGGAUUUUAGGUCUACCUUUUAUAUGUUUUAUUAUGCUCACUUCGAAGAAGAGUAGAAUAGAUACUCUUAUCACAAGUCAAACGAAAUUUCGCAGUGGUGAGUAAAUACAAGGGCAUUUAAGAUACGUACUUGAAUUAAUAGGCACUUAAAAAACAGAUAGAAACUCAUAUAUGUUACUAAUUGGUUAUGUUGAAAAACACAAAGAAGUUUGUCAAGAAGAAGAUUGCCCUCUUAAAAUUAAAAAAACAAGAAAAGGAAAGCAUGCUGAUAUUGAAAUGGAUGAAAUCAUUAAAAAUCUUAUCAAAGAGCUCGGAAGACUUUAUCAAAAUGGGUUGAGAAAAUUUCCUACAUGUACAAAGCUGAGGUUGUCUUAUGCAUUUUUUCUGUUUGAAAGAUUAAAAAAGAAAGAAGAAGCCUUAGUCCAAUUCAAGCUAAGCAUGACAACAAAACCUACAUUUGAUGAAUAAUUUAUUAUUUACAGAUAUAUGGAGUAGAUAUCCUCAAGCUAGGAAGAAGAAGAUGAAGAUGAGGAAGAGGAAAAUGAUGUUGUUAAAAAAAUAGAAUUCGAUUCACACAUGUCUUAAUGCGAAGAAUAUAUGAAAUUAGCAGCUGCCAAACACAAAGAAUUUUGGGCAAAUCUUCGAGAAGACAAUAAUAUAGCUCUUGGAAGGCUAAAUAUUUUAGGUUCGGGAAUCAGUUAAUGUGUUUACAAAUCAAAGGAACAUUUUAACGGAAUGCUUAAAAUAAAUAAUUAGUUGCCAUAGCCUUAUAAAGUUUUUGGAUAAUAUUUGAUUAGAGUACUCAAUUAAAGAGAGCAAGGAAUUGAAUUAUUGUAAAAAGGAAGAGAGCUGGCUAAACUAUAAUAGAAAACAUAAAAAAUUGAUGAUAUUGAAGACUUGAUUAAUGAUCCUAGGCCUUAUUUAGUUACUUAUAAAAAAUUUCAGUCAAAUACAUAAAUUUAGGCAAUAAAUCUUCUAUUUUCUGUCUUAUUUGGAUUUUAAAAAGAAGAAAUACAGGGAAAAGAAUUAAAAGUAAUUCUACCAAACUAAUUUACCGACAUUCAUGAAACUCUAAUCUAAUAAAUGAAUGAUAAUAUGAUUUAAGGGAAUUACAUUAGUAAUUACAUUGAUAAUCCUCAAUAAAGAUUUGGAAGGCACAGGAGUGGCUACAUAUUCCCAAUUACAUAUAAUGUGAAACCGUUAUCAGAUGAUUAUACUAAAUUUUAUGUAAAUAUUGAAGCAGAUAUGUAAACUAGAAGCUAAAUAAUCAUACUUACAAAUGAGGAUUUUAUUGUUACAGAUAUUUCUAGCUCAGCUAUCACAUACUUUGACAUUAAUCUCGCCAUGAUAAAAAACGACAUUAAAUUUGGCAUUGAAAACAUUAUAAGUGAUUUCGAAACAGAAAAAGAAGUUUACUUGAAAAAAGGGAAAGAGUUUAAUUUCAACAAUUAAGCUUUUAUGGUGAGUUGCUAAACGCAGCUAGUGCCAAUCGAAAAUAAAGAUGCAAUUGAUGAGGAACAAUAUCUAACAUAUGAAAUUCUGGGUUACAUUUUUAAAAUAGAUAAAUUAGAAAGAGGAAUGAUAAUAAAUUAAUAGCAAAUACAAUAAUAGUUUUAACAACCCAGCUUAAAUGCACCUUCUAAUACAUCUUUUUAAAACUUAUCAAUGCCUUCAAACUUAAAUCCAAAAGAAACCUUUAAAGAUUAUAUAAAAGACAUUCAAAAAGAGAAUCUCAAUUCAUAUAGGGAUGCAUAGUUUACAUACAGAGAUGCAAUAACUUAAAAUACUUACAGAGAUACAGUAACUGAAAAUACUUACAGAGACACUUAUAGAGAAGAAACUACUAAGCUAAAAGAUUAAAGCUAAAUAAAUUAUUCUCCUAAUUUACCAUUAAGUAGCCCUGUGUAAAAUAUACCAAUUAUAUCUAGUGCAAACAAUCUGAGUAUGACUAAUCUCAGCAUGUAAAAUCUUUUUUCCUUAGAAGCUUAAAGUAGUAAAAACGCACCCCAAUCAACUACAAAUAAUAAUGGACAUGUAUUCAAUCUGAAUAUAUAAAAUUUGUAGUUUAAUAAAAAAAUUACGAAUGAUAAUUCUCCUCUUCCUCUUAGUAGCAAUAGAGGCAGUGCUAGAAAUGUUUUGAUCAAGCAAAAAAACUAUAAUUCACAGAGUUCAUUUCCUAUGAUAGUUUUAGAAUAAAAUAAUUUAGCAGAAAACGAUCUCUCUUCUUCCUCAAACUAAGAGGUCGUCAAUAACUGUUAGUAAAAGCAAAAUAAAUUUUCAAAAUUUCUAUUUGAUUUUUACAAAACGCCAGCUGAAGAUGAAACAUUUUUCUAUGAUGAAGAUGAUUCUACAAAUUAGUAUUCUAUGGUUAAGAAAGAAACCAAAAACUAUUCAAAAGACAUUAAGACAAAAAGACUUUUCAAUAAUUAAAUUAUUAACAUUUACGAUGGAGACGACAAUGAAAACUAAGAAGAGGAAGACGAAGAUAACGAAGAUAGUGUUUUUAAAAAUGAAAAUAAUUAUUAUUAAAGCUAAGAAGAAUAUGAAGUAUUCAAUCAGAAUAAUACAUCAUAAAUCAUUUAGAAAUCAUUAAAUUAUGAUCACAAACAUCAAUUGAUUAGCAUUUUUAAAUGGGUAAGCUUUAUGUGGCUCAUGUGUAUAUUAAUAAUCAGCAUUUUCUAAUGCGCUUUGACAAUAAUAAAACUUAAUUAAUACUCAGAAGACAUGGACAUUAUGUUUGAAUUCUCAUAAAGAAACUUUAAAGCUGUAUCCAUAGUCUCUUAAGCAAUAGAUUUGGUCUACAUAAAGCAGGAUCUAUAUUUCCCAAAUUAUAUCUUUAUGGAUGAAAUCAGAUAAAACAUGUCUUCAACAAUAGUUUCUAUAUCAAACAUUACUACUUCUAUAGGAGAUAGUUAUUUAGAUUACUUUGCUGAUAACUAAUCAUCAUCUCAAAUGAAAAUAUUUUCAUCUUCACUAUAAAACAACUUCCGAAUUUAAAUUGUGGAUAAUGACUAAUUAAUUAACUCAUUGGUAUCACUAGGCGCACUUAUAAUUUCUUAAGAUGAUUCUUAAAUUAGCUUAGAUAAUGGAUAUUUUAAUAGUAUUAUAUAUAACUACUAUCACACAAUAGGGGAAUUCAUUGAAUAGUAAAAUCAGCAAAUUUAUGAUGCAGUUAAUAAUAGACUAAAUUCUCCUUAAUAUGAAUUGAUAGCUGCUUUUUUUGUUCUUGGAACUAUUGGAAUAUUGAAUAUGAUACUGUUCAUUUAUUUUAUGAUAUCACUAAAAGAUUAAAGAGAGAAUAUUCUUUUCUUGUUUUUAGAUAUUCCAAUCAAACAUAUAAAUUUUCUUUAUAAAAAUUGUGAUUCCUUUCUUAAAAAGUACGUCUCAAUUCAAGAACUUAUUAAUCGAAACGAAAAUCAAGGUCAGGACAGCUCAGAUGAUGAAGACUAAGACAGAGAUAUGAACACAAGAAAAUUAUAUAAAGAUGAUUAAUAAACUACAAACGAAGAUGAAAAAGAACUAGAAAAGGAAAUAAUGAAAAAAAGAAUUAAAAUUAUUAAAAACUAUAAAAAACAUAAAUUCAGAGGGCAGCAAUUUAUGAUCUUAAAGUGCUUUAUUGUUUUAGCCUUUUCAUUUAUCUACUCAAUUAUUGAUCUUGCUGAAGUAAUAAAAUUGCAAUCAUAGAUUUCUUCCCUUAUAGAUUAAUAUUCCUACGACUUAAAUAUAUCAUACAAAUUCUAAAACUACUUUAACGUGCUAAAAAUAACCUUAAUUAAUCCAAACUACCCAAUAGAAAAUAUUACAGCUCAAAAUUAUGUAGUUAAUCAAUAUAAUAAGCUUCUUGGUAGAAACGGAAAGCUUUAAUAAUUUAAUUUCGAUAUUCUAAAUAACUAUGACGAUAUCGAAAAUGCCUAUUAUAAAGUUUUUUACAUGAAUGGGUGUAGCUUACUUGAUUAAGAAAUUCAAUCUGAAUGUUAAAUGUAUAUAAACAACAGUUUAUAAAUUGGGUUGGACAACGCUAUCUAAUUUUAUGCUUCUUACUUUUAAUAAACUUUAAAUGAGCUCCUAGUUAAUAAUGCUCAGAGUUCAACCUUAUCUAAAGAUAAAUUCUUUGUAGAAACAAAUAUUUCGUUAUAAAAAUUUGUUGAUCCUUUAAUUCAGUACUUUACUUCUGCUGAAAAUGACUCCUUAACAGCAAGUAUUUAAACGACAAACAACCUCGAAACACUUUUAGUUAUACUUUUUAAUAUAUUUUUGAUAUUAAUAUUUUUGAUAUUUUGGCUACCUAAAAUAUCUGAUAUGAAUGUGGAAAUAAAUCGAACAAUUUAAAUGCUGAAUAUGAUUCCUCUAAAAGUGAUGAAAGAAAACAGAAAUAUAAGGGCAUUUAUAAAAUAUUUAAUAGAUCAAACUCAUAAACAAUCAGACACUUGA